AUUUAUGAUAGGAAUAAAAACUUCAUUUUAGAUCUAAUUCUCCCUUUAUUUUACUUGUACCAUUUCUUUAUGUUACGGUUAUCCUAAUGAAUAACUUCACAUUCGUUUGAAUUUUAUUUCAUUAAAUGAACUUCGUAAGUACAUAAAGGAUUCCCCCACACAAAACCCCGUGUACCGUGCCGCGGGAAGGAACCUUGGAACCUUACACAUUUUCCUUUUUCUCCCUUUUGUUACGCGGGGGGUCACGGUAUAAUCUUGGCUACUGGCUACUGGCUACACUAGAUCGAGCAACGUACACAUAUCGACCCUUUUCCCCCCACACAAAAUUCCCUAUUGGGUGAAAAAGCAUCUCUAUGUAUGCCUUCGUUAAAUUUUCCCCAUCAGAGCGCAAAAAAAAAAACCUUAAAACGAUAAAAAUAUAAUUAUUUUAUUACCUCUUGCGUACCAACAAGGCAGUAUUUUCGGUCUACCUUACCCGGAAAAUAAAAAUAACAAGAUCCAUUUCUUUUCUUAUCAUAGCAACCAACAAGCGAAAAAUAUCCCACCAAUAGGUGACUUUCGAAGACCUACUACUAUUACGAAAAAGGAAAAGGGAAAAAAAGAGCGAGGGCUAAUAAUAGGGGGGCAUACGCAAAAAUGAGUACUCAUAUUCCUCCCGGCUACGGCGCCGCUAGACUGCCCCUGAACAUCGCCGGACAGCCAGGAGGCGCGGGUACGGUGGGGGAUGUAUUCACGCCCGAGAUGCGGGAUCGGCAGGCCCGAGGGAAAGACCCGUAUGUGUCUUCGGAUGACAGUAGCGACUGGCCAAGCGAGGAUACUAGGAAAUAUCGCGCUGGAGGAACCAAAGACGAACCUCACGAAGUCGUAGAGCGUCGCCGAAUCGCCGCGCAGGUACUAGAUAGUCCGGAACUUCUAAUGAUGGCUGCGCAACGAGACAACGAGAGUAUACCAGCUACGCGUCUUCGGUACACCCGCAUGCUCUGCGGUUUCGAAGAGCCAUCUCCACCUGCACGCAAGAAGUCUCACCGUGGUGGCGCGGGUGGUUCUCGCAUGUCUGGCGGAUCUACUCCGGGUCGGUCUAGGAAGAAUGUUUGAGGAUCUAUCGGAUUAUCGAUGUGGGAGGACGAUGAGAGUCGGUGCUGAUCCGAGAAGAGAAAGGAGGCAGGCGGCGUCUACGUUCGGCUUCAAAGUCGACUUGCUAGUCGGUGGCUAGUCGAUUUGAUAGACGCCGUUCGGUCAAUCCCGCCGGUUUACACCCCCACCUCGGUUGUCGAAGGGUGGGAGUACGCUCGCGGGAUGGAAUCGAUAUUCGAGACGGUUCGUGAGAUGGAGAGUGCGAGGAGAAUUAAUUAAUCGCUUCAGAGAG